AUGUCUAUGUACAGUUCAAAGCUAAUUUGUUUUGGUUUCUUUUUCCAAGCGGAAGAAAAAUAAUACAUAAAGAACUUUAAACCAACGUUGACGUCACUAUUUUUUGCACAAUUUUAUUGGUUUUUCGUCAAUCAAUUAAAAGUCACUGACAAAAUAAAAUAAAACGAUGACAGAAGCAUUUGAGUAUGAUAUGACACACAAAAAAAACUGCAAUAUGUCUCAAUGCAUUGAAAACGAAUGUCAGCAUAAAAUGCCUUGAGUUUAAUUUAACCAAAAUGACCAUCAGUCGUGUUUGAAACCCAAUCGGAUUAGGAUUACAAUCGUUUUUAAACUUUAAGGUUAUUUUAAUAUUUUACAUCGAAGAUGGUCAGCCUUGACGGAAUGAUGACCAUUAUGCGGAUGGCCUUGACCGCUGCACCCAGUUUCACGAUACUUUUCUUGCUUCGCGAAAGCAUAAUUCAGCAUCGGCCUGAUAUUCUUGAUGUCGACAAUCGAGUGCGUCCUAUCGAUAUUGACGAGCUACGUGACGAGUACGAUUUUGUGAUAGUCGGUGGUGGGUCAGCCGGUUGUGUGUUGGCAUCGAGACUCUCGGAGAACCCGGCGUUCAGUGUGUUGCUGCUGGAAGCCGGUCCAGAUGAACCGCUUUUGACGGACUUGCCACAGCUCUUUCCACUGUUUCAGCGUGGGCCAUUCGACUGGGCCUAUACAACAGAACCAUCGGACGAGUACUGCCUGGGUAUGGUGAAUCAACGUUGCCGUUGGCCCAGGGGUCGCGUUCUGGGGGGAUCAAGUGUGCUAAAUGCCAUGAUGUACAUUCGCGGCAACCGCAAAGAUUACGAUCAGUGGGCUAGUUUGGGCAAUCCUGGCUGGAAUUACGAUAACAUUUUGCAUUACUUCAAGAAAAUGGAAGACAUGCGAGAUCCCAAAUUGCGGGGGAAUCCAUACCAUGGUGUUGGCGGGCCAUUAACGGUGGAGCAUUACCGUUUUCGAUCGCCUUUGGCUGAUAUCUUUAUGCAUGCCCUGGGAGAGUUGAAGAUGAUUAAUCCAUUUGGAGAUUUCAAUGGUCAGAGCCAGCUGGGUUUUACAUACCCACACGGGACCCUGCGGAAUGGGUUGCGGUGCAGUGCCAACAAGGCUUAUAUCCGGCCUGUUUGGCAUCGAAGUAAUUUGCAUGUGUUGAUGAAUGCUUUCGUCCAUAGGAUAAACAUCAAUCCCGAAACGAAGGUGGCUGAGAGUGUGACCUUUGAAUUUGAUGACGACGGCAAGAAGCGAUUGGUGGUGGCUCGAAGAGAGGUCAUCUUAUCUGCGGGUGCCAUCGCAAGUCCACAGAUGCUAAUGUUGUCUGGCAUAGGUCCUGCUGAACAGUUGGAAGAGUAUGAAAUUGAUUUGAUUUACAACUCUCCAGGAGUUGGUUCGAAUCUACAAGACCAUGUGGCAGCAUCAGGUGUUUCGUACUUGGUGGACAAUAAGGUAACCGGCCACAAGCUGUCGCUGCUCAUUCCACAGCUUAUGACUGCGCGCAAUGUCGACACUUUUGUCGAGAAAAAAGAUGGCUACUUCUAUGCUUCUCCAAUUUGUGAAAUUAUGGGCUACAUCAAUACCAAAUACCAGGAUCCUCGAGAGAAUUGGCCAGAUAUUCAAAUGUUCCUGGGAUCGUACGGAUAUACAUCGGACGGGGGCAUGAUUGGCAGACUGGGUUCUGGCAUAAGUAUGGAAAACUUUGCCGACAUUUACGAGCCAAUAUUGUAUGAGGACUCGUACAUGAUCAUGCCAUUGCUUAUGAGGCCACGCAGCAGAGGACGCCUUAUGAUACGAUCUAGCAACGCCAGGAUACAUCCAAAAAUCUAUGCCAAUUACUUUCAGGAUCCAGAGGAUUUGGCUAGAAUAGUAAAAGCUUCAAAAUUCAUGCACAGAAUAUCACACACACGGAUCAUGCGGCAUUUGAAUGCCACUUUAAAUAUUUAUUCAUGGCGUAACUGCCCCCACGAGGAAUAUCUGAGCGAUGGAUUCUGGGCAUGCAUGGCUAGAUUCUAUUCACAAACAAUCUACCAUCCGGUGGGUACGUGCAAGAUGGGUCCUAGAAAUGAUCCAUAUGCUGUCGUCGAUCCAAGGCUAAGAGUUUAUGGAGUGAGAAACUUAAGGGUUGUAGAUGCAAGUGUCAUGCCAAGAAUAGUUUCUGGUAAUACGAAUGCACCGACUAUGAUGAUUGCCGAAAGAGCUGCUGAUAUGAUUAAGGAGGAACAUGCACACUAUAAAGGUGGACGCCAUUAAUACACAACAACUGUAUUUUGCUUUAAAAUGCAAAAGAAAGAAGCUUCAGUGAUUUUUAUAUAAAAUAAAUGUAAAUGUUAUUUCAG